AUGGACUACACAACUCAACCAACACAACAGGCCACUCAAGCCACUCAAAAAUUCCUAAUUCAAAAAUUCUCACAAGAACAAAUCGAUGAGAAUAUAGUAUGCCGAAUUAUAUGUACUAAUGGGACUAUCCCCAUCCGUGAUUUGAAAGUGAAAAGUAUUGCCACUAUCCUGACCAUGGAAACACCAAUAAAGAAAAUAUGGACUUUCGGUAGGAACGCCAAUAUCGUAGAUUAUCAUCUUGGUGAUAUCUCGAGACUUUCAAACAAACAUUUCCAAAUCUUAUUAGGAGAAGAUGGUAAUUUAUUGAUUAAGGAUACAUCGACGAAUGGGACGUGGUUGAAUGGGGAUAGGUUGAGAAAGGAUAAGAAUCAAUUACUAUCUCAAGGUGAUGAGAUUACUGUUGGAGUGGGUGUUAAAGAUGAUAUUUUAUCGUUGGUUCUUUUCAUUAAUGAAAAAUUUAAGAAGGCAUUGAUGGAAAGGAAACAUCAUGGUGUUUCUACUUUAAAUUCAAAUUCAAAUUCAAAUUCAAAUAGUGAGGAUAGCAAGAAAAGUAUAGAUAGCAUAGGUGAAGAUGCGAAAUUCCAAGGAAUCUUUAAAGAUUAUGAGAUUCAAGAUGAAGUCGUUGGUCAAGGUGCAUUUGCUACAGUGAAAAAAGCUGUCGAAAGAAGUACAGGGAAAACUUUUGCUGUGAAAAUUAUUAGUAAAAGGAAAGUCAUGGGCUCCAAUAUGGAUGGUGUAAGUAGAGAAUUAGAGGUAUUACAAAGAUUAGAUCAUCCAAGAAUAGUACGAUUGAAGGGGUUUUAUGAAGAUCAUGAAAAUUACUAUAUGCUAAUGGAAUUUGUUUCAGGUGGUGAUCUCAUGGAUUUUGUAGCCGCUCAUGGUGCUGUAGGUGAAGAUGCAGGUAGAGAAAUCUCUAGACAAAUCUUGGAAGCCAUUAAAUAUAUUCAUUCUAUGGGAAUAAGUCAUAGAGAUUUAAAACCAGAUAAUAUUUUAAUUGAACAAGAUGAUCCUGUCCUUGUCAAGAUAACAGAUUUUGGUCUGGCAAAAGUACAAGACAAUGGUACAUUCAUGAAAACAUUUUGUGGUACAUUAGCAUAUGUAGCACCUGAAAUUAUAUCUGGUAAAAACGACGGUGAAUUAAGGGAAAACGCCGAUGCAAACAGUGAACGUAAUGAAUAUUCAUCUUUAGUAGAUAUGUGGUCCAUGGGGUGUCUUGUUUAUGUUAUCUUGACGGGACAUUUGCCCUUUAGUGGUAGUACUCAAAAGCAGCUAUAUAAACAAAUUUCUAGAGGCUCAUAUCAUGAGGGCCCGUUAAAGGAUUUCAGAAUAUCAGAUGAAGCAAGAGAUUUUAUUGAUUCAUUAUUACAAGUAAAGCCAAAUGACAGAUUAACUGCAGAGAAGGCCUUAGAACAUCCAUGGAUCAAGAUGGCACAAUUUUCGCAAUCUUUUGUGAAGAAUAACUCUGUUAAUAGUGUGAAUGAAACAGAUGAUAAAGAUUCGUGUUUCCAAGUUUCACUGACAGACUCAUUAUCACAACAAAAGCUGUUAGAAAAUAUGGAUGAUGCGCAAUAUGAAUUUCUGAAAGCACAAAGAAAGGAACAAUUACGACAAUUUGAAGAUAUGAAUAAACCAUCGCAACCAAAGGGAUUUAAGAUUCCAGGGAAUCCACUUAUUCGAUAUACGCAACAACCGAAAGUGCCACGUCAAAGUCAAAGUCAAAGUCAAAGUAAUGAGAAAGGAAAGCUUGAUAAUGUAUUGAAAAAUAAUCCCCGUCAUAAUAAUAGUGGGAAUUCGAAGAAAACUAAAAAGAAAGCAGAUGGUAAAUUCUUGACGUUGCGUCCUUUACGAGAAAGUAGGAUUCAAGAAAGUAUCCCACUUAGUCAAGGUAUCAAUCCAUUUUUUUUUGGUAGGUCAGAUGAUUGCAAUUGUCGGAUUGAAGAUAGCAGAUUAUCAAGAGUUCAUUGUUUCAUAUUGAAAAAAAGACAUGCUGUGGGGGAUAGUAUAUAUGAAUCACCAGCGCAGGGUCUAGAUGAUAUUUGGUAUUGUCAUUCAGGGUCCAAUGUUAGUUAUGUUAAUGAUAUCAAAUUAGAACAGGGAUCUAAAUGUCUUUUACAACAUGGUGAUGAGAUCAAAAUUAUUUGUGAUUGGCAACAUAAUUUUGUUAUCGGAUUUAAAGUGGAAAUUAAUGAUAGUACAGGGUUAUUUAAUGAUGGGAUGUCACCAUUCGAAACAUCAAAAACAAUACGUGCAAUUGUCAGUCAAACGGAUGAUGAAAAAUCACUAGUGAAAAGAUUAAUUCAAAUGAUGGCAAUACAAAGAGCCGAAAAAUCAAAGAUUAAGAAUGAGGGUAUCAUUGAAGCAAUGUCGUCACCUUACAACAAGAAGGAGUCACAUACCCAUUUCGGUAAAUUGGCUACUGCGUUUCCUAAUCAUAUUGAUAAUGCUAGCCUUAAAGUCAACAAUAGUAACGAACAAAACAUACACGUUGACCAAAUUAAGAGCAAUAUUGAUGACGAGGUGUUAUCCAGUAUUGAACAUAACAAUGACAACAAAGAAAAUGAAAUUAUCACGUCACCGCCGCAGGGGAAUAAACUUCUCAAGAGAGUACAUUCAGUCAGUUUGUCUCAAUCACAAAAUGAUCCCGCCAAGAAAGUAAAGAGAGCGAAAUUAGAUCAACCAACUCAAAAACCAGACAAUCUGCAAUUCUUAUAG